UCGACAAGGAUGAUGGAUGAGACCAGAGAUGAUAUUCAUUCAUUCAUCCGAUGCACAUCGUUCGAAUGAUUUGCAUUUCAACCCAUCUUUUCCGAAAUGACACCACUAUUUCAACAGCUAGUAAUUAUAGCUAUUUCCAUUUCAUCAUUAUGUUUGCUCACAAUUAUCGCCGACAAAAGUUUGGCUCUUGAACCAGAUUGGAAUGAUAAGAUAUUUGGUCGAUCACGACAGGCAAUGACAUCCACCACAUCCACCACAACCACCACCAACAUUCCUCGUUCAACACCGAUAACAGCCUUUACAGCUAAACCAUCGGUCACCUUGAUGCCAUUGCGAACAUAUUGGUCGCAACCGACCGCUACCACUAGCAAUUCGUUCAAUAUAUAUCAUCAUUAUGAUGAUCAUCAUCCCUCGUCUACCGUUGUCCAUCCUUAUCGUCAGGCAUCCCGUAUUCCGUACCAUUUUCCCGCCAGGACAAGUUCCUAUCAUAACUAUCAUCAUUUUGUUCGAUCGCCACCAUUUUUCAUUCAACCACAAACCGAAUUGCCAAAAUCAUUGUUACCGGCAUCGGAUUCUUAUGAUUGGAUUCGGGAAUUGAUUCAAACACGUUUGGAUGAAUCGAAACGUCAUCUGCAACAGGUUCAAAAAUCCAUGGAGCAAUUGAAAACAAAGACAACACUGUCAUCCAUGUUGACCACCACCACCACCACACCACCUCCGCCACCGACAACAAUUGCAACAACGGCUACCUUUCCGCCUCCCACAACGACAAUAGCUUCUGAUCAUCUCCAAAAUAAUAAUCGUGUCGACGUUGAUUAUGCUGAUGAUAAUCAGGAUGAAAACCUCGACUAUUUGGAUGAUCAGCAACAAACUAACAAAUCCAAUUCCUCAUCAAAUCAUCUAAAACCGGGACAACGUUCGGAAAAGAUUAAAGGACAAAAAUUUGCUCAAACAAUUGUGAUGAAUCAAAAUGAUGAUAAUUCAUGGAAACAAUCAGAGAUUCCAAACGAAAUGGUCAUCAAUGGCACAGCUUCUGAUACAGAAAUGGAAAACAUUUCCAGCAGCAUCACCAGCGAAGAGAAUGAUGAAAAUCGAAUGGAUAUGGAUAAUAAUAAACGUAAACAUCUGAUGGAAGAUUCACAACGAAUCAAUGAUCUGGACAUGGAUAUGCUUGAAUGGAAAUCGAUCAACAGUUUGUUUGGCAAUGAUCCGAUCAAUUCGACGGCAACAAUCAACUACAACCCAAAAAUGAAUAGACCAAAACAAUGGUCAUUUCAAUGUCCAGAUAAUGUUAGCGGUUUUUUUGCCGAUCUUAGUUCGGACUGUCAAGCAUAUUAUCAUUGUAGUGGUCAUCGACGCGAACGUUUCCGUUUUGAAUGUCCAACUGGCACACGUUUCAAUGAACGUAGUUCGAAUUGUGAUUGGCAGCAUAAUGUCGAUUGUUAUCAGCAAUUCGAUCUGUUACGUGCAUGAUUACUCCAAGCAAUAAAUCCCUUACCUUUCUAAUCUGGUUGGUUUAUUUUGUUUUUUCACACAUAUUUCGAUCAUGAUGAUAUCAAUAAAGAACCGAUACAAGAAAGUGAGAACGAAUAUUUCAAAAAUAAUACAUUUUUUUCUCCAAUCAA